ACCCCUUGCGAGCAGAUUUACUUCUUGCUCGUUGGUAGAGAAGUAUAAGAUUCAAACAUCUCUUGACUUUUUUUUUUUACCUGACAAAUCUCCUUCAACCUUCAAGGAGUUCACUUGAACUUUUUUUCCAUUUUUUAAGUUUCUUUCUUUAAAAUUAAGUGGCAAUUUAUUCAUUAAUUUUUUACAUAAAUCAACUGCAAAAUGCAGAGUUUCAUCCAGUUAUUUAGCAGUUAUUUUAAAAAAGUUUAUCUCAACGUAGCAGUCUUCAUCACAAUGAUUUUUUGCGCAUGGAAGUUUGAAUAUAUCAGUUUAUCAACCAUAUCACUCUUGCUUGUAGUUGAAUUUGUCUGGUUUUAUUUCUUCAAAAAUCCUCGAAGAGAACUGAAAAAUAAGGACAGCAUAAUAGUGACAGGUUGUGAUACAGGAUUAGGAUACAGCCUGGCUCUUCAUUGUUCAAACCACCUGAAUAUUUCGGUGAUCGCAGCAGUCCACAACAUCGAUAGCCUAGGCUCGAAGAACCUUUCCAAAGCUGGAAUAACUGUAUAUCCUCUUGAAAUAACUGACAGUACGAGUGUUAAAGCGUUCGUACAAUUAGCAGCAGACUACCUGAAGAGAGAAAACCUUGCUCUUCGGGGAGUAGUUAAUAAUGUUGGAGCAAUGAUAUUUGGAGAAUUUGAGUGGCAAACAGAGGAGCAAAUUCGUCAUCAGAUGGAAGUGAAUCUUCUGGGAACGAUGAGGUUGACAAAGGAAAUGUUGCCAGUCCUUAGAGAGCAGUCAAGUAGACUGAUUAUUGUUACAAGUCACUGCUCUAGUGAACCUCUUCCUGGUGUUGCAAUUUAUAGUGCGACAAAAGCUGGAUUAUUUGCCUGGGCUACUUCCCUCAGGGUGGAGCUGAAAAAGUAUGGAGUUGAAGUAGUGAGCUUUGUUCCAGGAUCAUUCAUCCGUGAAAGUAAUUUACUAUCACAGCAACGAAAACACUUUGAAGUCAUGAAGCUGGCAAUGACACAGGAAGCAAGAUCCUUUUACUCUGAUUACUUUGAAAGAUAUGCUGACUACCUGUCACCUUUAUCUCGCAAUGUAUCUCCUCCUCAAAAGAUAGAAAAUCCUAGACUCUAUGAGAUCUUUGAGGAUGCUCUGCUGGAUCAAUAUCCUCAAGCAGUUUACAAAUGCGAACCUUGGAGAUAUAUGAUUUACUUUUGCCUCUUUAAGAUAACAUCGAUGCGAAUAAGAGACUGGUUGGUUGAAAGAUUCGUACAAAUGCCAGCUUGGAAAGAUACUAAAGAUAAAAAA